GCCACGAGUGACGACAGGGUACAUCAGCACGAGGAGCAGGCGAUUGUGGAUAAUCGAUAGAUCAGCAAAGGGAUCAAAUAACAGAUAAAUACACUACCGAAACCUGACUAGCUGACUUGUCAGGACGCGAGUUAUCUAACCCCGCCACUGAACCUUCUCCCUUAACCGCGCCAUCAUUAGUGCACGAUCCCAAAUCCACAUAAUCGAUUCCUCUCCAACGCAGUCAGGACCAACAAAAUGUUCACUUACGAUGGUAUCCGAUCCCAGCUCGAGUGGAACUCCACCUUGAGUGUCUCUAACGCCCCGCAGCCUACCGCUGACACCAAGUUUCUUCGCAAGACCGCGAUCAUUGCAACGAUUGGUCCAAACACGAACACCGUCGAGAAGCUUGCCGCGUUGAGACGCGCUGGUGUCAAUGUCGUUCGCAUGAACUUCUCUCAUGGUUCAUAUGACUAUCACCAGAGUGUCAUCGAUAACACACGGAAGAUGGUUGCAGAGGACCCCAGUGGACGGCCUGUUGCGAUUGCUUUGGACACAAAAGGCCCUGAAAUCCGCACGGGUUUGAUGAGAGAUGGAAAGGAUUUGCCCAUCAAGGCUGGCCAUGAAUUCAUCAUCUCGACAGACGACAAGUACUGUGAGAUCUGCGACGAUAAGAUCCUGUGGCUUGACUACAAAAACUUGCCAAAGGUCACUGCUCCUGGCAAGCUCAUCUACAUCGAUGACGGUAUCCUCUCACUCCUCGUCUUGUCCUGUGACGGACCCAAUGUUCGUGUACGCGCCGUGAACAACGGCACCCUCUCUUCUCGCAAGGGUGUAAACCUUCCGAAGACCGAAGUCGAUCUUCCCGCUCUCUCGGACAAGGACAAAAAGGACCUGCUAUUUGGUGUCAAGAACGGCGUUGACAUGGUCUUCGCGUCAUUUAUCCGCCGCGGUCAGGAUGUCAAAGACAUCCGUCAAGUUCUAGGGCCGGAUGGUGCGAACAUCAAAAUCAUCGUCAAGAUCGAGAACGAGCAGGGUGUAGAAAACUUUGACGAGAUCUUGCGAGAAACUGAUGGUGUUAUGGUUGCUCGUGGUGACCUCGGUAUCGAGAUCCCUGCAAGCCAGGUCUUCUUGGCACAAAAAAUGAUGAUUGCUAAGUGCAACAUUUCUGGGAAGCCAGUCAUCGUUGCGACUCAGAUGCUUGAGUCAAUGACGUACAACCCGAGGCCCACUCGUGCCGAAAUCAGUGACGUGGCCAAUGCUGUUCUUGACGGUGCCGACUGCGUCAUGUUGUCCGGAGAAACUGCAAAGGGAAGCUAUCCCGUAGAGUCUGUUCUCAUGAUGGCUGAGACAUGUCUGUUGGCCGAGGCAGCGAUUUGCUACCCACCUUUGUAUGACGAGCUUCGGGGCAUCCAGCCUCGUCCCACUGAGACUGUGGAGACUGUGGCGAUUGCUGCGGUCGCUGCAGCCUCAGAGCAAAACGCGAGUGCUAUCAUUGUACUCUCGACGAGCGGAAACACUGCUCGGUUGAUCUCCAAAUACCGCCCCAGAGUGCCCAUCCUCACGGUCACUCGUAACGAGCAGACCGCCCGUCAAAUCCAUCUCCACCGUGGAUGCUAUCCAUUCUGGUACCCUGAGCCCCGUGGGAUCCAUGAGAGCCAGUGGCAGAAAGAUGUUGACAACCGCAUCCGAUUCGGAUUGAAGAACGCGCUCGCGUUGAACAUCAUUAAGACGGGAACUACCGUCAUUGCCGUACAGGGCUGGAAAGGUGGUCUUGGCCACACCAACACCAUGCGCAUCUUGUCAGUCCCCACUGACCCGGCUGACCUUGAAAUGCAGUCCUUGGGAGCAAAUUAGAUGAUUGAAGUUUGAUUGCAUUCUGUUGAAUUCUUAGACUUUGUUGUAACUCUACUGUAGCAUGCAUCAUGAGGGUAUCAUGCAAUUGCAAUGUACAUUCUGGCAUCAUUAACCUGCCUCUUCGAUC